AUGUUUGUCAAAUCUGAGACCUUGGAGUUGAAGGAGGAAGAGGACGUGCUGGUGCUGCUCGGCUCGGCCUCCCCCGCCUCUGCCGCCCUCACCCCGUUGUCGUCCAGCGCCGACGAGGAGGAGGAGGAGGAGCUGGGCGCGUCGGGCGGGGCGCGCCGGCAGCGCGGAGCCGAGGUCGGGCCCGGCGGGCUGGGCGGCUCUCCGGCCGGAGCCGAGGGCUGCCGGCCCGCGCGGCUGCUGGGUCUGGUUCAUGAGUGCAAGCGGCGCCCCUCCAGGGCGCGAGCCGUUUCCCGCGGCGCCAAGACGGCCGAGACGGUGCAGCGCAUCAAGAAGACCCGUAGACUGAAGGCCAACAACCGUGAGCGCAACCGCAUGCACAACCUCAAUGCCGCGCUGGACGCGCUGCGCGAGGUCCUCCCCACGUUUCCCGAGGACGCCAAGCUCACCAAGAUCGAGACCCUGCGCUUCGCCCACAAUUACAUCUGGGCGCUCACCGAGACCCUGCGCCUGGCAGACCACUGCGGGGGCGGCGGCGGAGGCCUGCCGGGGGCGCUCUUUUCCGAGACUGUGUUGCUCAGCCCGGGAGGCGCUAGCGCCUCCCUGAGCAGCAGCGGAGACAGCCCGUCGCCUGCCUCCACCUGGAGCUGCACCAACAGCCCAGCGCCGUCCUCUUCGGCGUCCUCCAACUCCACCUCCCCCUACAGCUGCACUUUAUCUCCUGCCAGCCCGGCGGGUUCUGACAUGGACUAUUGGCAGCCCCCACCUCCCGAAAAGCACCGCUACGCACCUCACCUCCCCGUAGUCAGGGACUGUAUCUAG